UCCACCCAAUGGUCUCUCUCUCUUCUCUCUCUCUCUCUGGAAACUUGAGCUCACUCUUUAUGAUAAACUCGGGGACUCUCUGCAAAGGCGACUCUGAUUUGAGCGCUUUUCAUGUACCAAAAGUGAUUUCAAUCAGCUGAAGGGAAGAAAAGCCCGCUAAGGAAUUCCCCAGGUGAUCGUUGCAGUGAAAGGUUCUUGGAGGCAGUGAUAUGGUCAUCGACCAUAUAUGUUCUAUUUACUUAUCUGUGAGAAAUUCCUCCUACAACUUGGAACUAUUGAAGCUUAGUGGAAAUUAGAAAUCCUAUCAUGUAAGGGGAUUCAAAGUUUCCAAAGUCGACUCGUUGUUUGAAGACCACUCUACCCCUCUGCUUUGGUUUGUGUGGAAGAGGCAGUAGAUUCGAUCGAGGGUAGUCAUAUUCCUUGCAUGUGGCACCGGCUGCUAAUGUCAGAUUUGAGAAGAUGGCUUAUUUUGGGUGGUCUCCUCUCUCAGAAAGUUUGAGCUUCUGUAGUGCGAGCCAUGUCAUUAAUGAUCGUGGGCACACUUAAUGUGAUGUUCUUGAAUUGCUCUAAGGGUGCUACAAUAAUUACUUCACUUUGGCGGACUUAACCUCGAACAUCUUGUUGACAUGGAAUCAGAAACAUCAAGUUCUAAGAAUCUUCCAGUGGUUAUUCAUCGCCUGCUUCCUGCCUUUGUACCAGCGCUUCUCAUUUCGAUUGGAUAUGUUGACCCGGGAAGAUGGGCAGCAUUUAUUGAAGGAGGUGCUCGGUUUGGAUUCGAUCUUGUGGCAUUGAUGCUUGUGUUCAACUUUGCAGCUAUUCUGUGCCAGUACCUGUCUGCCCGUAUUGGUGUGGUCACAGGAAGAGAUCUGGCUGAGAUUUGCAGCAAUGAGUACGACAGAUACACAUGUGCCCUUCUGGGAAUUCAAACGGAGUUUUCUGUGAUUGCUUCAGAUCUUACAAUGAUUUUGGGGAUCGCGCAUGGCCUUAAUCUCCUGCUUGGGGUGGACUUGUUCUCAUGUGUUUUUUUGACUGCUAUGGAUGCAGUUUUCUAUCCAAUUUUGGCCACUCUCAUGGAGAACUACAAGGCAAAAUUUGUUUGCUCUUUUAUGGCCGGGUCUGUUCUUUUUGCCUAUGUCUCCGGGAUAUUUGUGAGUCAACCGGAGAUUUCAUUAUCUGUGAAUGGAAUACUUACAAAGUUAAGUGGGGAAAGUACGUUUGCAUUGAUGAGUCUCCUUGGAGCGAGUGUUCUGCCUCAAAACUUUUAUCUGCAUUCAGCACUUGUUCGGCAGCAGAACCAUGUGGAGGCGAAUAUUUCUAAGGAAACACUGUGCCAUGACCAUUUCUUCGCCACUUUCUGCAUAUUCAGUGGCGUUUUUCUAGCAAGCUACAUGCUGAUGAACUCAGCAGCAAACGUGUUCUACAGCACAGGCCUUGUUUUGCUUACAUUUCAGGAUGCACUGACAUUAGUGGAACAGGUAUUUCGAAUCCCAAUAGCGCCUUUUCUCUUCCUACUGGUCUUGCAUGGUUCAAGUCAGGUCACAGCUUUAACAUGGAGCCUUGGGGGAGAAGUCAUCUUGCAUGAUUUUUUCAGACUGGAAAUUCCAAGCUGGCUCCAUCGAGUGACUAUCAGGAUUACUGCAAUUAUUCCUGCCAUUUACUGCGUUUGGAAUACAGGAGCCGAGGGAGUCUACCAACUUCUCAUAUUCACCCAAGUUAUGGUUGCCCUGACUCUCCCCCCUUCUUUAAUUCCGCUCUUCCGGAUUGCCUCCUCGAGGAAAGUAAUGGGCUCCCACAAAAUGUCCCCGUUAACGGAGUUUUUAGCCCUCAUCACAUUCAUUGGAAUGCUCGGACUGAAUAUCAUAUUUGUCGUGGAGAUGGUUUUUGGAAACAGCGACUGGGCAGGCAAUUUGAGGUGGAAUUUUGGAGGGAAUUCAUCAACUCCAUAUGUUUUUCUUCUCGUGACAGCAUGUGUGUCUCUAUCGUUGAUGCUUUGGCUUGCGGCUACUCCAUUGAAGUCUGCAAGUGCCCAGCUGAACACUCAAGGAUGGAGCCAGGAUAUGCACGAACCAGUACAGGAGGCAAUUUCUAUGGGCAGAGAUAUGUCUGAUCUUGGUGAUAUUAGUUAUAUUUGCAAAGAGCAAGAAAAUGCUCAGGAGAUCAGAGCUUCUCCAGAGAUUGGAAAGUUGUCAAAAAGCCACCCUGUGAAAUUGGUCGAAAAUCUCGAUAUAGAUUUACCUGAGGUAAAUCAGUCUGAUGAGGAGCGCCGGUUAACGACUAUCAAGGAGAACAAGCCUACAACUUCACCUGAGGAACCAGCAUUAUUCAAACAGCCGGUUCCAGGCCCAGAAUUGAAUUUGCCGAAUGAGAUAUGGGAAGGAACCAUGAGGGAGACCAAGGCAGAGAAUACUAAAGCAGUUGAACCGGUUGAGAAGACUCUGAAGAUUGAGGGAGAAGUGCAGAUGAAGGGUGAUAAUGAGGGGUAUGUCUGGGACGCAGAAGAAGUGCCAAAAGGGGCUCCUGGAAGUGCUCCAUUGGUGACUUCUGAGGGUCCAGGUUCGUUCCGGAGCCUUUGUGGGAAGAGUGAUGAUGGUGGGACAGGUGCAGGCAGCCUCUCAAGACUAGCUGGGCUGGGCCGGGCUGCGAGGCGUCAGUUAGCAGCCAUUUUGGAUGAGUUCUGGGGACAGCUCUAUGAUUUCCACGGGUACGCUACUGCCGAAGCGAAGGCUAAGAAGUUGGACAUUUUGCUUGGGAUUGACCCAAAGGCUUCUCCAAUGAAGACGGAAUCCACUAAUAGUAGGUCAGAAUCUGCUGGUUCUUACUACCCCUCUUUAAGUGGAAGGGGCGGAACCAAUUCUCUUGUAGGCUCAAGCCUAUAUGACACUCCUGAGCAACAACAGCGGGUCCCUGGGAGCUUAGAAUCGUCCCAAUAUGGGGUCCAGAGAGGAUCUGCAUCUUCGUCACUGUGGUCUUCUCAAAUGAGGCUGUUGGAUGCAUAUGUGCAGAGCUCAACCCGUGGGCCCCAUCUCGGUCUAGAUUCAGGUGAGAGGCGCUACUAUAGUCUACGCCUACCUCAAGCUUCAGAGGGUUGGGACAAUCAGCCUGCAACAAUACACGGGUAUCAGAUGGCAUCGUACCUCAAUUGCAUGGCAGCAGACAGAAAGAAUGAUCGCUUCAAUGGUGACUUCCCUACACACAACACGCUCUCGCCGGCCCCUACAAGCUACAAGGAUUCCCAUGGUUAUGCUCUGGGGCAGAAGUUGCAGAACGGGCUGAAUCCCUUACAGACUCCGACUUAUCACAAAAUUGGAGUUUCAGGAGUUUCGGGAAAUGAUUUGAUUCAAGCAGAACGUUCUUUUUACGAAAAUCUCCCUGCAAGUCCUUCACCUAAUGUGGGUUCACCUCCCAAUACAAAGAAGUACCACAGCCUGCCUGAUAUAUCGGGAAUAUCAGUAUACCAUCGGGACAAGAAUGUCCAAUGGGACAGCGGUAUCGGAUUGGGCCUGGGGUCGUCCCCCAAUCGGACUGCUUACGAGCCUUCCCUGCUCUCAAGCUCUCCAUCGAGAAUGGGAACUUCUCCCCUGGCUUUUGACGACCUUUCCCCCUCAGGAAAGUACAGAGAUGCAUUGAGCAUGCAAUUGACUUCAAGCUCGGACACUUCCUCUCUAUGGUCAAGACAGCCCUUCGAGCAGUUUGGCGUGGCUGAUAAAACUCUUUCUGUAGGGGGCGUAAUAGGAAAUAGGCCGAAUUCGAGCUCCACCACUAAAGAAGCCGUCUCUGUUGUGGAAUCAGAGGCCAACCUCCUCAAGUCCCUGAGACACUGUAUACGGAAGCUACUUAAACUUGAGGGAGCUGAUUGGCUGUUUAAGCAAAAUGAUGGGGCCGAUGAGGAUCUGAUUGAUCGGGUGGCUGCUAGGGAGAAAUUCAUAUAUGAGGCCGAGAAUCGAGAGAUGAUGACCCGCGUAAGUCCCAUCAGUGAGCCCCAGGGCUCUUUUGGGACCCUUUUGGUCUCAUCAGUCCCACAGUGCGGUGACGACUGUAUAUGGAAGAGUGAGCUUGUGGUGAGUUUCGGGGUUUGGUGUAUACACAGGAUUCUUGAUCUGUCAAUCAUGGAAAGCCGCCCCGAGCUCUGGGGCAAAUACACUUACGUGCUUAACCGUUUACAGGGAAUCAUCGAUCUCGCAUUUGCGAAGCCCCGAGUCCCAAUGUCACCAUGCUUCUGCCUACAGAUCCCUGCAUCAAGUUUCCAACAGCAGUCCACUACUCUUACGGGGUCCAAUGGGCAACUACCCCCGACAUCGAAGCCAGGGAGGGGCAAGUGCACGACCGCACCGAUGCUCCUAGACGUAAUCAAGGAUGUGGAGAUUGCCGUCUCUAGCCGAAAGGGCCGGACUGGGACUGCAGCAGGUGACGUGGCAUUCCCCAAGGGAAAGGAGAACCUGGCCUCAGUCCUGAAGAGGUAUAAGCGGAAGCUCGCUAACAAGCCCGCCGGGGGCCAUGAGAGCUCUGGCUCGCGCAAGAUCCCUACAACUUCGGGUCUCUACGGUCAGUAGCACCAGCCGAAGUCUCGAGAUGCAGCCUAAUGCUUUUUAGUCAGGAGCCCUCUCUCCUUCCCCCAUUCUCCCUGUUCACAUCAAAAUGUUUUUUGGGUCCGAACUUAUGUUGUUGCCUUGACGGAUGUUUGUCAAAAGAGGACGAAGAUGUAAUAUGUUCCUGCAGCAGCACAGUCUGACUAAAAAAAGGAAAAUGUCCAGAAGAAAAGGGGGGGAAAAAAAGUCUCGGAAAAGAAGAGGUUGUUAACUAAUGUUUGUCAAUAGAAUGGGCCAAUCAAUUUCAGCGUAUGUCGCGCCAA